AUGGCCUGUCUGAUGGCCGCCUGGUGCGUCCACAACCCCGCCGUCACCAACUGCAUCAUCAUGAACACCAACGGGCCCCCGGACCUCAUGUUGGACCCCCGGGCGGUGUGUGUCUGUCUAGAGGGGGAGGAGCAGAAGAAGAAGAAGCCGGGGAAUCAGCUGAUGGAGGCUCAGAGGUUCUCCUCGUUACCACGGAGACCAGCUGUCAACAUCGAGUUCAGGGACGUUUCGUACUGCGUCAGAGAGGGACCCUGGUGGAGGAGGAAAGGUUACAAGACACUGCUCAGAGGGAUUUCUGGGAAGUUCACCAGCGGGGACCUGGUGGCCAUCAUGGGGCCCUCAGGAGCCGGGAAGUCCACCCUGAUGAACAUCCUGGCCGGGUUCAGACAGACAGGGAUAAAGGGGGAGAUCCUGAUCAACAAUCUUCCCAGAGACCUGAGAUCCUUCCGGAAGGUUUCCUGUUACAUCAUGCAGGACGACAUGCUGCUGCCGCACCUCAGCGUGCAGGAGGCCAUGAUGGUCUCUGCUAACCUGAAGCUGCAGGAGAAGAAGGAGGCUCGCAGAGAAAUGGUGAAGGACAUCCUGGUGGCUCUGGGUCUUCUGGACUGCGCUCUCACCCGGACGUCUCACCUGUCGGGGGGGCAGAGGAAGAGGCUGGCGAUCGCUCUGGAGCUUGUCAACAAUCCGCCCGUCAUGUUCUUCGACGAGCCCACCAGUGGUCUGGACAGCUCGUCCUGUUUCCAGGUCCUCUCCCUGCUGAAGGCUCUCGCUCAGGGGGGAAGGACCGUCGUCUGCACCAUCCACCAACCCAGCGCCAAACUGUUCGAACUGUUCGACAAGCUGUACGUGCUGAGUCAGGGUGAGUGUAUCUACAGGGGGAAGGUCUCCAGGCUGGUUCCCUACCUGAGGGAGCUCGGACUGAACUGCCCCACCUACCACAACCCUGCUGACUUCGUGAUGGAGGUGGCGUCCGGAGAGCACGGGGAUCAGAUGGAGCGCCUGGUGACGGCCGUGCAGGACAGGAAGUGGGAGAAGGACGAUCAGACGGAGCUGAACGGAGACACUAACCUCCACCCGCUCCCGUGGCAGCGCACAGAGGAGGAGUGUUCUUCGUCUGAAGGUUGUCACAGUUUCUCAGCCAGCUGCAUGACUCAGUUCUCCAUCCUCUUCAGAAGAACCUUCCUCAGCAUCCUCCGAGACUCAGUGCUGACUAACCUGAGGAUCUCCUCUCACAUCGGGAUCGGCGUUCUGAUUGGUCUGCUGUACCUGGGCAUCGGGAACGAGGCGAAGAAGGUCCUCAGUAACUCGGGCUUCCUCUUCUUCUCCAUGCUGUUCCUCAUGUUCGCUGCUCUGAUGCCCACCGUGCUCACAUUUCCUCUGGAGAUGGGAGUGUUUCUGAGGGAACACCUGAACUACUGGUACAGUCUGAAGGCGUAUUACCUGGCCAAGACCAUGGCGGACGUCCCGUUCCAGGUGGUGUUCCCGGUGGUGUACUGCAGCAUCGUGUACUGGAUGACGGCUCAGCCUCCAGACGCCGGACGCUUCUUCCUCUUCCUGUCUCUCGGGGUCCUCACCUCGCUGGUGGCUCAGAGUCUGGGGCUGCUCAUCGGAGCCGCAUCCACCUCGCUGCAGGUGGCGACGUUUGUUGGUCCGGUCACAGUGAUCCCAGUUCUUCUGUUUUCUGGUUUCUUUGUCAGUUUCGACACCAUCCCCUGGUACCUGCAGUGGAUGUCAUACAUCUCCUACGUCAGGUACGGCUUCGAGGGCGUCAUCCUGUCCAUCUACAGUCUGGACCGCGAGGACCUGCACUGCGACGCCGCAGAAACCUGCCACUUCCAGAAGUCCGACGCCAUCCUGAAGGAGCUGGACAUGCUGGACGCCAAACUGUACCUGGACUUCAUCAUUCUCGCCAUCUUCUUCUUCUCGCUCAGGCUCAUCGCAUACUUCGUCCUGCGGUACAAGAUCAGCGCCGAAAGGUAGAGCCCCACGAAGCCGUUAGCGUUUCGUUAACAGACUGUGGGAAUACAGUUUCUACUGAUACGUUUUUCUAAAUCUGAUGUAUAGGGACAAGGAUUAGUGCCGGACAUGAGGGAAUCAAGAGGGGUUCUGUUUUGAGAAACGUUUAAAAAAUAAAGUCCACUUUUUGAGAAUAACGUUGAAAAUGUGAGAAAACUACAUUUGAAAGUAAAGUCAUAAAUGCUGAGAAUUUAGUCGACAUGUCGGGAUAAAAGAAUAAUCGGGAUUAAAGACUAUAGAAACAGAAAUGUCGAUAAAGACGUUGAUAUGCCAAGUAUAUACUUAUAUACAUUUAAAGAAUGAAGUAGAAAGAUCGUGAAUAAAGUUGAACAUUUGAGAAUUUUUCGGGAAAAUCCAGAAUGAAUUCAAAUUGGAGAUAACAUUUAUGAAAAUAAUUCAAAAUUUGAAAAUCUGAUUAUCCUAAAAAAUAUGAGAAAGAAAUUGUGGAAGAAAUUGAGAAAAAUAUUUGAGUAAAAAUGUGAACAUUCGUGAAUAAAGUCAACAUUUUGAGAAUGAAGAUGAACAUUUUGUAGAUUUCUUAAAGGGUUUUAGGUUUGAAUUUUCACAGUAAAAUGAAACCUUGUUCUUGUAAAACUACAUUCUGCCGGCAGAGGGCAGCACUGCCUCAGGUCCUUCAACACAAAGUAAAUAUAUAACAUUUCACUUUAUUGUUUUGAUGACUAAAAAUGAACUUUAAUCAGUGCUUUUCACACAUUUCUUUCUUAGUUCUCGCAUGGAAACA